AUGGUUCCUUCUUCAAGCUCAAGUCCUGCCCCUUCUGGAGGCUCGGGAAUGUUGGCCCAGGGCGACGCCUCCUUGCUGCAAGACACGACCUUUACGAAGACGAGCCAGGAACUCAUACAGUUCGUCACCCAGCUUCGUGCACUUGGUGCACAAGUCUACCUUGAUCUCCCUCGCAUCGUCGUCAUCGGGAACCAGAGCGCGGGCAAGUCCAGUCUGGUUGAAGGCGUCUCCGGUAUAUCCGUCCCGCGAGAUGCAGGGACGUGCACGCGGUGCCCCAUGGAAUGUCGCCUUGGGUACACCGCCGACGCCUGGUCCUGCCAGAUCUCCGUCCGGUGGGAGUUCGACAGCACAGGCCAGCGGCUCGAGGAGGUGCAGGAGGUGCCUUUCGGGCCGCGCCUCACGGACAAGACCCUCGUGGAGCCGAUGCUGCGUCGCGCGCAGGCGGCGAUCCUCAGCGCGUCGGGCGGCACGGGGAGCCGGGAGGCCGCGGUCGCGCGGUUUGUGGGGAUGGAUUUGGAGGAGGUGCGCAGGAGCACGGAUCCGAAGACGACGGGGGCGAAGGCGUUGGCGUUCUCGAGGAACACGAUCUGCGUGGACCUCGCGGGGCCGGACCUCGUCGACUUGUCGUUUGUCGAUCUCCCAGGUAUCGUACAGAACGCGGAGGCCGAGGUCGUGAAGCUCGUCGAAGACCUUGUAACGUCGUAUGUCGAGGGAAACUGCUUGAUCCUCGUCGCGCUUCCUAUGAGCGACGACAUCGAGAACCAGAAGGCCGCACGCAUCGCGAAGCACGCCGACCCACAAGGGGUGCGCACCAUCGGCGUGCUCACGAAGCCGGACACGAUCCCCGCGGGAUCGACGAAGCGCCGCGACAUGUACUUCGCGACGCGCAACACCCUCCCCGCGUCCUCGUCGUCGAUCUUCAAGUGCCUCGCUUUCGUCUUCGUCUUCGGCGCCACCUGCGCGUUUUCGUACGGUAGGAACGGCGGCGCGCUCCCAAGGAUCGCGUACUUGAACUUUUCGUACGUGUCGCGGUUGGCCUGCACGAGGCGCGUGUGCCGCGGGGAGCCCUCGACGAGCUCGACGACGUCGUUGCGGAACUUGGUGACAAGGUCGAGCACGAACGCAGACGGCUCAGACGUGACCGCCGGCGGGAGUCCCUCGAGCAGCUUGUUCGUCGCCGCCAGCUGCGCCGCGACCUCCCCAAUGAGCUUCGGCAGCCUGUCCCAUCCCCCACCGAGCUCGCUGAUGCUCCGCACCAGGUUCUGCGUCCCGAACCGGUGCGGACACGUCGACCCGCUCCACGGCACCGUCGUGCGGAAGAAGUCCGCUUCCGCCGUGCGCGCCGCGGCGGGCGUAAUCCCCGCGAGCCGCUGGUCGUCGUCUGGCUGGCGCGUGCAGUCCGUCACGCGAGAACUUCCGAACAACAUACCGUAUCCGGCGAAGCGGUCGCUCAUACACGAGUUCCAAGAAUCGUGGGAGGCACACGUGUUGGACUGCUUCGACCGCGUGCAGGUCGACUUCAAGACGAGCCUCGGCGAGCUUGUCAAGCACCGCUUCGAGCGGUUCAGCCACCUCAAGGGUGUCGUCGCGCCGGCGCUGAUGGAGCAGGUCAACGCGUGCGCCAACGAGACGCUCGCGAACGUACACACCAUCCUGAAGCUCGAGCGCGCGGCGCCGUACACGCAGAACACGCACUACCUCGCGGACAAGCGCGACAAGCAGCUCGCGCAGUACAAGCAGGCGCGCGCGUUCCGCGCCGGGAGGGCCGCGAACGGCAGCAGCGGGCGGUCCAACGGGGAUAGCGAGGACGACAGCGAGGAGGAGGGGUCCGCGGGAGGGAGCGGGAGCGGGGGCGGGACGUUCUCGCGCGCGCCGAGUAAGCUGGCCCCGAAGGAGAAGGAGACGCUGCUGAGCGCGCUCGCGGAGCUGACGAGGCUCGGGUACCCCGUGAAGGAGGACGACCUGGGGAAGCUGAACCCGCCGGAUGAGUACCAGGAGGAGCUCGAGGUGAUGGCGGAGGUGCGCGCGUACUUCCAGGUCUCGUACAAGCGUAUUAUCGACUACAUCCCGCUCUCGAUCGACCAGCACUUCCUGUACGCGCUGGCGGAGCGCCUGCAGGGCGUCCUGAUCGAGAAGCUGGGGCUCGGGUCGGCGAAGGCGGACGCGCGCUGCGCGCAGUACGUCGCGGAGGACCCGCACAUCAACGCACAGCGCGCAGAGCUCCUCGCGAAGAAGAAGAAGCUCGAGUCCGUGCAGCGCGCGCUGUUCAAUUUCGGAUUGUGA